AAUUUCUCACUCACGCUCUGACGUGUUGGACAGUGUGUUUGUGCUGCUAGUUGGAAUGCGAUGUAAGUGGAGAAGAAUGUUGGUGACGUAAUAAAGAACAGCGUGCAUGGUCGUGUGUGCCUGGUAUGAGUUUCAAAUACGGCAAUUUGUUGCUAUUCAGAGUAUUAACAAUUAAAUCGAAUUUUGAUAUGAAGCGAUACAUUUACUCCUCAUUGAAAAUGAAUUUCAUUAUAACAAUGCUAUUAUAAUAACAUGAUUAUUCCAACCUGCAAUUAAUUUUCACAAAACACGCUAAGUUACGUCCCAAGCGAAACUCUUGCCGUCGCUUCAGUGAAACAUGUUUUUGAAAAUAUGUCCUAAUUCUCUAAACCCUCAUUGUGCGCCCCGUUGUUGUCCCACUCAAAAGUAGUGACGACACGCGGAAAUCAUACGCUCCCACCCCGUGCCAGAAGUUCGCACGAUGACGAACAACUUUGCAAAAACGUCGCUCGCUCGCGCGCCUUCGCCUAGGCAACCGAAUCGAACCUUGAGGUACCAUAACAAAACACCGUACCAUAGUAACAGGUCUCCUCCCAUUCCCUGCCCAUUCCUAUGCGCCAUGUGCUCCAACCGUGGGCGCACUGAUUUCCGAAGGGCUCGUUGCCAGUGUACAGCCCGACAGACCGGGACGGUCCUACAUACCUUGGUUGCACGUGCACGGCCGUUCCCUUUACUACGGUUUCAACAACCCGGAGGCCGCGGCUGUGUGUUUGGUUGCAGUCGCGUCGAUGGACGAUGGAGAUGCGCUGAAGUCGCUUGUAUGUCCAGCUACGUUCCAUCCACUCGUGUUCAGUUCCGAUCUAUCCGUCCGUGGGGCGUGUGUGUGUACGCGCGCGCGUUGUUCUAGACCGUUGCAUGUUAGAUACCGACAACUAAUUGCGAGAGUUUUCUAAAGGGUCCAAGGUCUCUGCGGUACGGUUUGCUAGUGACACAUCCGAACCGGGUCCAGUCGUGCAUGAUUCACCCCUGGAAAUCUUGAAAGGCAAACUCGCAAAUUUGAUGUUUGCAAGAAAACCGUUGCAGCGCAAACCAUCGGCGACAUCAUUGUCCCAACGCAAUAUCUCUACAUUUUAGCAAACGAGUUUAGCAAAGGAAACUCUCGUGGCCAGGCCGGGUUGGGUUUGGUAGAUUUCCCGGAACCCCUUCCCGCAGGCAAGGCCACCCCCGGCGCCAACUACAACAAAGCUCGAGUAUUUGUUCGGCUUCACGGUGCUGAUUCACCGACCAUAGUGUACUGGAACUGACGUGGCAUCACGUUGGAUGUCGUUACCGAGAGUUCUGUUCUGCUUGUUGUGCCACAGUCUACCGCAGGUCUACACGAUCCUUUGGUACGUCCGCUCUGGACCAUCCUCAGCUGGUUGGAACCGUUGAAAGGAUAACACAACCACCACCACCGCCACCACACCAUCAUCACCGUCAAGCUGGGUAACUGUAUCGAGAGUGUUGCCGUGAUCCAAUCCAAAUUUGUCAAGCGCGGCCCAAUGACGCCAGUGCUGUAUUAUCUGCCGCCAUCGCCACCGUGCCGAUCGGUGCUGCUGCUGGCCAAGAUGAUCGGCGUCGAGCUGGAGCUGAAAGCGCUGAACGUGAUGGAGGGCGAGCAACUGAAACCGGACUUUGUCGAGCUCAACCCACAGCACUGCAUACCGACACUGGACGAUCACGGGCUGGUGCUGUGGGAGAGCCGAGUGAUUCUUGCGUAUCUGGUAUCAGCUUACGGGAAGGAUGAAAACCUCUAUCCGAAAGAUUUUCGCUCCCGCGCCAUCGUCGAUCAGCGGCUGCAUUUCGAUCUUGGUACGCUUUACCAGCGUGUCGUCGAUUACUAUUUUCCAACCAUCCAGCUCGGCGCUCACCUAGACCAAACGAAGAAGGCAAAGCUGGCCGAAGCGCUCGGUUGGUUCGAGGCAAUGCUGAAACAGUACCAAUGGUCGGCGGCCAACCACUUCACGAUAGCGGACAUUGCGCUGUGCGUCACGGUCUCACAAAUCGAAGCAUUCCAGUUCGACCUCCACCCGUACCCGCGGGUACGUGCCUGGUUGCAAAAGUGCAAAGAUGAGCUACAAGGACACGGCUACAAAGAGAUCAACGAAACUGGAGCAGAAACGUUAGCGGGAUUGUUCCGGUCAAAGUUGAAGCAGUAGUAGGGUUGGGUCUAUGUGAAGUCGGUAAUGGUUAGAAAUAGCACUGUUAGCUACAUUUUUCUAAAGCAUAAGGAUGUACUUGCUCCCAUUUGUCGUUGUACGCUAGUGUAUAGGCAGUUUGUUAUUCGAAGCCUUUUUUUUAAAUCUCUUAAAUAAACCAUAUCGGACAAA